UUUUUCAAUCAUAGUUUUCUUUUAAUUCCUCUGUGAGCAUCAGCCCGGUGUCACACAUGGCUCCCCAGAAGGUCUGGCUCCUGCUCGUGCUGUCCACUGUUCUGAAAGUGCGUCCCUGCUGGACCUAUACCUGUCCGACUAUCUGCCAUUGUACCGCCGACACGUUUCAGUGCAACAGAGAAACUCAGCUGGCCUCCCGGACAGGAGCAACAUCUGUGUUUCAACUAAGGAUGACCCAUCAGCCCGUGAAACAAGUUCCUACUCAUGCCUUCAGGGAGCUGAUCAACGUCACUAUAAUAGAGAUCUCCCAGAGUGACUGCAUCACUCGUAUACAAAGGCAGGCUUUCUUCUCCCUCCACAAUCUGCUGCAAAUUUCACUGCAGAAUAUCAACAGUCUGAGGGUUAUUGAAAGUGGUGCAUUUACUGACCUGCCCAGGCUGGAAUAUUUGAGCAUCUCCAACACUGGCGUGAUACAUUUCCCAGACUUCUCGACUAUCUCUUCUUUGGCACCAAAUUUCAUCCUAGACAUGGCUGACAACACGAGGAUACACAUCAUUCCUCCCAAUUCCUUUCAGGGCAUUACAAAGGAGGAGGUUGACAUGAACUUGGUUAGAAACGGCUUCAAGGAAAUAAAAUCUCAUGCAUUCAAUGGGACCAAGCUCAACACUCUAAUUUUGAGAGACAACGUGUAUCUCAGUACCAUUGAAGAAAGUGCAUUUGAAGGAGCCACAGGUCCGAGUUAUCUGGAUGUUUCCUCAACAGCACUGAGAUCCCUUCCAUCUAAAGGUUUGAGACAGCUAAGAUCUCUGAAAGCCAGUUCUGCCUUUGCCCUGAAGAGCCUCCCUCCUUUGGAAAGCCUGGAUGAACUGAUGGAGGCUGAGCUCACAUACCCCAGCCACUGCUGCGCCUUCCACACAUGGCGCCGGAUACAAAGGGAAAGCGCCUUAAAGAACUUCACAAAGUUUUGUGAUUUCAGUGAAUCAGAAAUGGAACCCACUGAUGAUGGCAUGAACGUCAUCAACUUCCAGUAUCCAGAACUUGAAUUGGAUUGCCAGAACAGUCCAUUUGUCUUGUGCACCCCAAAGCCAGAUGCUUUUAACCCCUGUGAGGACCUGCUGGGCUUUCCACUCUUGCGCGGUCUCACCUGGAUGAUUACAGUUUUCGCCAUAGUCGGUAACCUUGCUGUUCUGGUCAUUCUGCUUAUUAGCCACCACAAGCUCACCAUCUCCAGAUUCCUUAUGUGCAACCUGGCCUUUGCUGACCUGUGCAUGGGGCUGUAUCUGAUACUAAUUGCCUUCAUGGACCACCACUCCCGUCACGAAUACUACAACCAUGCCACGGACUGGCAGACGGGCCCUGGAUGCGGCACGGCCGGGUUUUUGACAGUGUUUGCGAGCGAGCUCUCAGUAUACACACUGACUGUGAUUAGCCUGGAACGCUGGCACACCAUCACCAAUGCCAUGCGUGUCAACAAGAGGCUGCGAAUGCGCCACGUGUCAGCCAUGAUGGGGGCGGGCUGGGCCUUCUCUCUGCUGGUUGCCCUGCUCCCUCUUGUGGGCAUCAGCAGUUACAGCAAAGUGAGCAUCUGCCUGCCCAUGGACAUCGACACUCUGGCCUCUCAGAUGUACGUGGUGGCUGUGCUCAUUUUCAACGUGGUCGCUUUCAUAGUGGUGUGCUACUGUUACAUAUGCAUAUAUCUCAGUGUUCACCACCCAGAGCACUCUGACCGGCACGGAGACACCAAAAUUGCCAAGCGCAUGGCUGUGCUCAUUUUCACAGACUUCCUGUGCAUGGCACCAAUCUCCUUUUUCGCCAUCUCUGCAGCCCUGCGCAUGCCCCUCAUAACCGUGUCCCAUGCCAAGAUCCUGCUCAUCCUCUUCUAUCCCAUCAACUCCCUGUGCAACCCUUUCUUGUACACCAUCUUCACGCGGGCUUUUAGGAAGGAUGUGUGUGAGCUGCUGAGUCGCUGUGGCUGCUGCCAUGCCAACACCGACUUCUAUAGAUCACAGACUCUGGCUUCACAACAGACAAGCAUACACAAAGCAGCUAACAGACAGCCUCCUUCAUUUAGCUUUUAUGCCUAUCACAUUAAGAUGAAGGGUUGUUUUUUAAGUAAAGGAGCCACAUGAUGAGCGGCAUGUCAAUUAUUUUUAUGAACAGCAUCUGCUUUUUCACUAAAAUUGCAGCACUUCUUAAAGAACAAAAACAAAAUUCAGGUCAAGUAAGAAAGAUUAUCAACAUUUAGCAAGGAAAACAGAGACACAUCUGUUUUUGUCCAUUUCGCUAACUGAGAAUGUAAUCAAUUUGAAGAGA